AGAAAGGUUCUCCCAAUCAACAAUGAUUUCUUUGAAGACAGCUGUAAGUUUCUUUCGGAGUCAUCGGAGAAAGAUAGCGAUAUUUGCUUUACUAGGAACAGCAUUGUAUAGCGCUUAUCGUUUACGUAAAGCCUACAAUAACCUAAGACUGCAGUUGGAUGCGACAAGUAGUGAAAGACUUUCAACCCUUCACAAGAAGUUUGAAACGUGUCAAAGAACCAUCGUAUUGACAACUUAUUCUUUCCUGCCUUUACUGAAAUCCCGUCUAUGGGAACUGACACAAGUGGAGAACACAGUUCGUCAGUUAAAAGCAAGUGAGGCUCAAACAGAGCACAGGAAACAAGACUUAUGGGAAAAACUGAAGAUAGAAACUUUUACUAGAGUAAUUUGUGGUGCUUACGCCCUGUCUCUCUUAUUUGUGGUUGUGACACUUAAAGUUUCUUUACUGGGAAGAUAUUUGACAGAAGAAUUGAGAGUUCCGUUCACUGAGGUUCCUUCUUCAGAGUUGGCGGAGGAUGAGUUGGGCAAACUCUUUCAGGAGUUGCGAAAUUUACAGUCAAAUCUAUCUAUACAUAAAGGAACGCAGCAGGCAUACUUGGAUAUAACUUGCACUUGCUUGGAUAGUUUUUUGGAUAUUCUAGUCGGUAGAGUAAAGACGUCUGUGGAGAAAGUACUUGUACAUACGCGUGUAACACAAACUGUUGACACGGAUUUUUGGAAUUCAGCAGUUGUUGCAAUUCGUGAAGAUAUAGAAACAGUAGUACCGGAUGUAGAGAAUUCGUAUAGUUUUGCUGCUUUUCCUCCACUAAUGGCAGAACAGGAGUUGCGUACUGUGGAGACUGGUACCUUGGAAACCAAGGGGGUCAAUAGAGACUCUCUGAUUGCUCUGUUGAAUGAAACCGCAGACAUUAUUGAAGAAGCUGAUUUUCGUGAGGUGCUCACGGAAGUUGUUGAGAUAGUUUUUGAAAUAUUAAGGAAACAGGUUUCGUCUUUUACUGAGGCAAGCACAAAGAUCACUUCGGCUCAGUUGUUGCCCAAGAUUCAAUCUGUUGUGUCACAAGUUUUCUUAGAUUCCACUUCCAACUCAUAUAUCCACGCUAUUAGUGAACUUGACUGUGUCGAGAACUUUGCAGCUGUAAUUUUUCUUUCAGGAGAAAAAUACGAACCAUCGGAGGGUUGAGGAAUUUUCUACUUUUGAAGUUUUCUGAACAAUAAAAAAAAGUGUCAAGUA